AUUUUAUGAGAAUAAUGACAAAAGAUUAUUCAUUUGAUUAUUUAAAUGGGUACUAUUGCCGAAAUUGAACUUCCAAAAGGCUACACAAUUGGGGUUUUGUAUGAUUUUUUAAAGAAAUCCGGAGUUCCUGUCAGCUUAAUAAACUUAAAGCUCUUUAGAUCCGCCUAUAAUUCUUGUGAUUCUUUAUCCUUCCUUCACAAAUUCUUUUCUGACCAUUUGAAGAAAUCCGACACAUUUAAACACAGUUUUAUCAUUUUUGACAAAUUUGACCUUUGGCCCUCAUUUUCAUCAGAUUAUCAAGAACAUAACAAUACUAAGUUUAAGGAUAAUUUAAAUCAUAGGACCAAAAGUAAGAACGCAUACGUAAAGUUGUUAAGGUUAAGUGAAGGUGUAGAGGAAAAGGUUGAUAAGUGUAAAGUAAAUUGGGUAUAUAAGUUUUUCUAUUGGAUUAGAUUUUCAGUUUUAUAUUUAUUAAAGGAACAAGUGGACCAUAAUUUAAUUUGUCUCUGCCUUUACGGUGACCCGUUUAACUCUAAACCGUUCUAUAAUGAUAUUUUUACACAAAAGUUUUUAUUGAAAGAGCUCAUAAAUUUCACAGUAAAAUCUAACAUUAUAGAGAAUUUAGAGGAUAAUUUAGAGGAAUUUACUGAUAAAACAACCCAAUUAGAUGAUAGUUCGGAGUACAACCUAGAAGUUAUAAAAGGGAUAUCGGAAUUACUUGAUUCUUUUAAAUCCAAAGAUUCAAACACACAAAUUGAUGUAAAUGGUCACAAUAAAUCAGUUUAUGAUCUAAUAGAUAAAGAUAUAAGGAUAUUAAAUUUAUAUAUGCCAUUUGAAGUGGAUAUAAAGUCACUAGAGCUGGGCAAGAUCACAUUAAUCUGUGGUACGCAAUCAUCAGGGAAAACUGUACUAUUGAGGUCAAUUGCAAAAUCGUGGUAUCAUUUGAAUAAUUCAAAUCAUAGUAGUAAUAAACUAGAUUAUAAGGACCCUAACAAAAACUCUAGGUCGUGUGGCCAUGUUAUAAAUAUAGACUACAAUGAACUGCUGAGUGAGCUAGUUGGGGUUUCAGAGUUAUACUUAAAGAAUAUAUUUGUUAAGGCUAAGUAUAAUAAGCCAUGUCUGGUGGUGUUUGACGGAAUCGAGUGUUUAGUUGCCAAGGUUAAUAUUGACGAGGAAAGGCAAGUGCCAGCCACAGUUACUAACACUUUACUUAACCACCUUUAUAACUUAGAUCCUGAUAUUAAAUUUCUGACUUCAACAUCUGGUGGCACAAAUAUUUCUAGUCUUCAUAAUUCUUUUGUUAGCAUUGUCGAUACCCUAGUAGUGCUUCAUAAAUCACCCUAA